ACCAUCAGCAACUUAAUCAUUCAAGAAGCCAAUGUUUCUGUCAUGUAUAAGUGUGUAGCCUCCAAUAAAGUGGGUCGUGAUGAACGGCUGAUCUACUUUUAUGUAACAACCAUACCGAAUGGCUUUGAAAUUGAGUCAGAGCCUUCUGAGGAGCCCAUUGAGGGACAAGACCUGAGACUAAGCUGCAACGCUGAUAACUAUACCUAUGAGAACUUGCAGUGGUACCGGCUCAAUCUCUCAAGACUCAAUUAUGAAGAGGGCAACCCUCUGGUCCUGGACUGCAAGAAUGUCCACCACUAUGCAAUGAAGCUGCAGGGUGAACUGCAUUUCAAACCUAACUCCAAUUAUGCCGCUUUGACCCUCACCAUCCCAAGUAUCUCUCUAGAAGAUGAAGGAGACUAUGUGUGUGAGGUACAAAACAGAGAAAACAGUGAAAAACACUGCCACAAAAGAUACAUCUCUGUUCAUGCUUUAGAGGUGCCCAGGUUGAAACAGAACCUGUCAAACAUCCUGGUGAAUGUGAGUGAUUCUAUAGAGAUGCGCUGCAAAGUGGAUGGUGUACACAUUCCAAACAUCAACUGGUAUAAAGACGAAAAGCUGGUUGAAGAGGUCUCAGGGAUUGACUUGGCAGAUUCCAAUCAGAGGCUGAGUAUCCAAAGGGUGAGAGAAGAAGAUGCUGGUCUUUAUCUCUGUAGUGUCUGCAAUGCUAAAGGUUGUGUGAAUUCUUCUGCCAGUGUCUCUGUAGAAGGCUCAGAUGACAGGACCAAUGUGGAAAUUGUAAUCUUAAUCGGAACUGGGGUCAUCGCCAUCUUCUUCUGGAUUCUCUUGAUCCUCAUCUUCUGUAAUAUUAAGAGACCUGCUCAUGCUGAUAUCAAGACAGGCUACCUUUCCAUUAUUAUGAAUCCAAGUGAAGUCCCAUUGGAAGAACAGUGCGAAUACCUGCCAUAUGAUUCCAACAAAUGGGAGUUCCCUCGGGAGAGACUUCGAUUAGGUAAAGUCCUGGGCCAUGGAGCUUUUGGGAAAGUAAUGGAAGCCUCUGCAUUUGGAAUUAAUAAAAGUAACAGCUGUGAAACGGUGGCAGUUAAAAUGCUGAAAGAGGGAGCUACUGCAAAUGAGCACAAGGCUCUCAUGUCGGAACUGAAGAUCCUCAUUCACAUAGGAAAUCAUCUGAACGUGGUAAACCUCCUGGGUGCUUGCACCAAACCGAAUGGUCCCCUCAUGGUGAUUGUUGAAUUCUGCAAAUAUGGAAACCUCUCCAAUUAUUUGCGAACUAAACGGGAAGGAUUCAGUCCUUACAGGGAAAAAUCCCCCAGACUGCGCAUCCAAGUUCGUUCCAUUGUGGAAGCAGUUCGAGCAGACAAGAGAAGCCGGUCUUGUACCCGUGACAGUGCAAUUCUUAAUAGACUUCUAACGAACAAGAGUCAGAUAGCAUCAUCACCACAUCUCAUACAAGAAGUGGAUGAUUUAUGGCAAAGCCCUCUGACAAUGGAAGAUCUGAUCUGCUACAGCUUUCAGGUUGCCCGUGGAAUGGAGUUUCUAGCCUCUAGAAAGUGCAUCCAUAGAGACUUAGCAGCUCGGAACAUCUUAUUGUCAGAGAACAACGUGGUGAAGAUUUGUGACUUUGGUCUGGCUCGGGAUAUCUACAAGGACCCUGAUUAUGUCAGGAAGGGCAGUGCCCGCCUUCCACUCAAGUGGAUGGCUCCAGAAAGCAUCUUUGACAAAGUUUACACUACUCAGAGUGAUGUCUGGUCCUUUGGAGUCCUAUUGUGGGAGAUCUUCUCUCUAGGAGCCUCCCCUUACCCUGGAGUACAAAUCAAUGAGGAAUUUUGCCAAAGACUAAAAGAUGGCACCAGGAUGAGAGCUCCAGAAUAUGCUACUGCAGAUAUUUACAGAAUAAUGCUGAAUUGUUGGUGUGGGGAUCCCAAAGAAAGGCCAACAUUCUCUGACUUGGUGGAGAUCCUGGGAGAUCUUCUUCAGGAGAAUGUUCAACAGGAAGGGAAAGAUUAUAUCCCAUUAAAUGACUCUCAGAGCUCUGAAGAUGAUGGCUUCUCCCAGGUGGCUUCCUCCAUCCAGCAGAAUUCUGAUGAAGAAGAAUUUGACAUGAGGAUACACUGUCACAAUGUUGCAGCAAGAUAUUAUAACUGUGUGUCGUUCCCUGGCUGUUUGACUGGUGGGAAUCAAAUCAGGUGUCCAUCCAGAAUAAAGACUUUUGAAGAAUUCCCUAUGACACAAACUAUGUAUAAAGCACAUCCGGAUAAUCAGACAGACAGUGGGAUGGUUUUGGCAUCGGAGGAGUUUGAGAGGAUAGAAAAUAGACACAGAAAAGAAGGUGCAUUCAGCAGUAGUAAAGGAUCCAGUCAAAAUGCAGACCCAACAGUGGAUCAGUCCAACCUGAGGGGCAGAUGUCGGCCAUUGUAUCAAUCACAGCUCCGAGGUCAGACUUUUUAUAAUAGUGAAUAUGGGGAACUAUCGGAACAGUCUGAGGAAGGCAGCUGCACUCCACCAACUGAAGGCGCCAGUCCCUCCCUCCUUCAUGCUUCAUUCUUUUCAGACCAAUGCUGAAGGGGGAGCCAGUGAUGGAGACACCCUGCUGAGAGAUGCAACCUCCUCUCUUUAUGUAGCAGUGUACCUCUUCAGCAAAGAAUACGUCCUUUUUGUCCUAGAAGAAACCACAAGGAUGAUUCCUGUGGAACAGAUGGAGAACGCCUUGGGUAGGAAGAUGGAUGCUGUGCCUUUCGAACUAAACACUAUUCUUGCCUUUGAUGUGAAUGAAAAUACUUGCUCCGAUGCUCUAUUAAGAAAGAGAUCUCAGAUGCAGUUCUAUGGGAUCUGUUUUGAGAGCUGCAGUCACUGCUCAGUAUUCAGCCUCCAUUCAAAUAGUUUGCCAUAAUGAGCUUUAUUUCAGGUCAGAUAAAAAUAGAUGUGUCUUAGCUGAGUAUUUCUCCUGAUAUGCAGUUUUGUUUGUUUCUGCUCUUGUUUUCCCUCUAUUAGGAGACAUGGAAUAAAGAAUCAUUAAAUUAAUGUAGACAAUGGUGAAGCAGCAACAUUCCCAGACUUGGAUAGUCCUUCACUUGAUGUAGACAUUCCUUAUGAACAACUCAAGAUGUAACUAUAUUUAAGUCUUAUAUGGACUUAGAUGUUUCAUUUAUAUUAGACACUAAGAUAGUCCUCAGGCUUGAAUAUUUUCCAUACCUUCACUGUUUUAGACAUGUGGAAACUGCUACUAUGCCAAAGGGAAAUAUUUCAUUUGUGUGUGUGUCUUAGGGAAUUUGGCAAUUUAAGAGACUUUUAUUUUCAUUUAUUAGGUUCACACACUGCAAAAAACUACAGCUUGUUUAACCAUUAUUUAUUGAAUAAAGAACAAUUGUCUGAGUUUAUAUAACAUACUAGGCCUGGUGUGAAUUAUACCACUUCUACUGAGAAGCAGAAAAUUGCAUAACCAAUAAGAGAUAUGUCUAAAAAUAGAGAAUGAAAUUUUAAAAACUCACAAUCCAUUUAUGUGUCCAAAUUAUAAUUUUUUAAAGUUAUCUGCACUGGAUCUUUGUCAUCCAAACAACCUAUCUUUUUGGGGUUAGAUGCUUUCAGUUUCUUUAUUCGCAAUUGCUCUUAGGGGAUCAGAAAAUUAAUAUCACCUAUGAUUCUACUGAAAAGUUGGUAUUGUCCCUGUAAAAUCUAUAUAUUACUUAAGAACAAGAUAUAUAGUUCUUGGAUAUGAUAAUAGAGAAGAAUAUAGCAGCUUUCAGCAAGAAUCUGAUAAAACUGUAAUACUCUUUCUCCUCCUUUAGGUUUUUCUUUCCAGUUUCUAUUCAUUUAUGUAUGCCUUCCAAAAUACUAGGUCCUAUCCCUGACAGAAAAUUCCAAAUUUUACACUCAGAAUAAAUAUUCCAAAAUUAAUUUAUGUAGAUUUGUCUAAUUUGCAUUAUUUAUUCUGAUUCUACAAUUUGGAGAUAUCUGAACAUAUGCAGGUGCUUACCUUCUACCAAAGAUACCUUUAGUGUAGCUGAACUUCCUGUAUCUACUAGGAAGCUGUUGUUUGGACACUUUGUUUUCAUAUUUGUUGAACACAUUUUGUGUUCACAUUUGUAGGAACAGUGAGGAUAUAUCCAAUCUUAUUUGCUUAUUUCAUUAUUCCCUUGCAUAAUCUACCAGUCUUCCUAUCCAUGCUCCAAUUCUGAAGGACAUUGCUUUAAAAGAACUUUACAAAAACAUUAAUGAAAGCAUUAUAAAAUGGAUUUUGAUCAGCUUGUAAACUACCCUUUUGAAUCCUUGCUGUCACUCUUGAUGGUGUCUCCACAUCAAAUGAUUUCUGCUUGCAGGCCAGGCUUCUGUUUAUAAAACUGAGUUUUGCUUAUUUUAUUUUCUAUAUUGGGCAUAUAUUUUUUCUAGAUUAUAUAUGUGUAUAUAUAUAUACUGUAUAUAUAUAUAUAUCUCUUCCAUAAGGCAGUUUUAUGCUUUUACCUCUUUGUAACUGUUUUUGUCCAUGUCUUUUCUACAUCAUUCUGUACCUUGUACAAAUGCACUCAGUGACAUAUUCAUUAUUACAUUUCUUAUG